AUGGCUCAAAGAUCCAAAGUUAACGGAUAAAACAAAAAGAUGUUUAACAAUUUCCUUGAAUCCCUGGAAAUUGGCAACAAUAUCACCUAGAUCAAUAUGCGAAACGGAAGAGGCUAGAAACGGAAUCAAUAACUUCUCAAUAGUAUCAAGUAUGAGAACAUGAACGACCUCUAAAAAUCAAAUCAGGCUAAUCCUUUCAAAAUGAUGGAUGACUAAAAAGGAAGAAACCUUGUGAAUAGAAGCCUUUGUUAUGAGUCGCAUAAUAGCAGUAUUCAAAAUAAUAUUGGGGGUAAUUAGGUUGUGCCUAGUGGAUUUAUGAACUAGUCUUUCGAGUAUCCGAGCAGUAUAACUUUGACAAAUAAUAACACAUCUUCUUUUGGCUAUAUGAUUUCCUAGCCAAAUAAAUCUCAAGAUACCAAAAAAAUGCAACAGUCUUAGCAGAUAAAAUAGCAAUUACCACUAUAAACUCAGCAAUCAAGUACUUUACAGACAUAACUUAGUUAGCUAUAGUCGAACAAUAGCAAUUAGCGUAACAUGGUUUUGAAUUUGAGUUAGCUUAAAAACGUCAAUUACUAAACUUAAUAGAAAGCCUCAAAUUAUGCUUAGCACAUCGUUAAUUCAUAGGCACAGCAGCAUUUCAACUAAAUUUAUACACUAGACUAUCUCAAGUCUACUAAGGCUUCUCAUUAUUCUAAGAAGAGCAGUAUCUCUAAAUAACCUAAAGACAUAACCAAAAGGUCAGGAACGACAGGAGGUACUGAAAGCAACAAUGCUCCGUAAAUCACAAAUUAAACUAACAAUAGCACGAUAUAGCACACACCACAAAUAAUGAUGAACAAUUUUAAUAAGCAUCAAAUGCUUAGCAAAAAUCUUAUCCAGAGUAAGUCGGCUACAAAGAAAAAAGGAAGAUAAAUAGUUCAACAGCAAAAUCAUAGUGGGGUCAGUUUGAGAAGGAUAGAUAAGUUACGCGCAUCCUCCUAACUUGGGCAUCUUGCUUCAAAUAAUAUAACAAUAGAUUUCGACACUAUAGCUAUAAGAGAUGGAGCAUAGAGCACUUUAGCUUAAAUCUAAAAUUACCAAAAUACCUUAUCAAGUAUUGAUAACGGCGAUCUUAUAAUAAACUCUAAAAAUUUUCACGAUAAUAUGCAUUUUAAUAACACUACUAAUUUGAAUACAGCAGAGCAUAAAUAAUCUACUUCUGGGAAUAGUUCACUCCAAAAUAUCAGCAAUCAUAUAAACAACUCCUCAAUAUUCAUGAGUGGAAAUAAAAAAUCUCAAGGUGCUCCAAAAUCCCAGUAAACAUAGAAUCAAAUCUAAAUAUAAUCAUAACAACUUCUAUACUAGUAAAACAUUAGCCUUGAACUAGAAACCAAACUUCAUCAAAGAGAAAAAGAACUAGAAAAAACUAAUUUGUCUACAUCGGAGAAAGCUCAAGCUAAAACAGAAAUAUAUCUUACUAUUCUUGAUGAACUAUCUUAAAAGGACAGAGGAUUUAGUUAGUUACUGCAAAAAAUUAAGGGAGGGAUUCAAACAGCUGUUAAGGAUCUCAAGAAGGAGAGAGAGUUCCAGACUAAAAAGACAGAUGAGGAUAAGACAGAAAUGUCUUAGCUCAAAUAAAAGAGCGAUGGCUAUGAGAAGAUCAUGAGAGAAAUGAAGAAGUAAAUAGCUAGCUACAAACAGGAAAUUUAAGGAAUUAAAAAAAUGGAGUCAUACCUCAACUUAGAGAACUAUCAAAAACUCAUAAAUGAGUUCAAUACUUUGUAUGAUCAUUAUAAAGGACUCAAGUCUAUCAAUAAGAAGCUCAAGAUGGAAUUAAAGCAGAGUAACCAACGAGAAAGAACCUUUUUGAAGCUACUCAAGAAGACAAAAGAGUAUGGGGAAUAGGCAGCAAGACUUGAGUAAGAAUAUGAAAGACUAUUUAAAGAAGAUUAGAGAUUAGGCAUCUCAGUAGAAAAUCUAGUUAUAGACUCUAGUGAAAAAAGAUCACCAGUUUUGAUAGAUAAGGGAGGAGUGAAGAUACCUAAAUUAGACUUUACAUCAAUCUAUAUCUAGCGUGAAGUUGUUUCUAGUCAGAAUGAAGGAGAAAGUAAUGAGGAAAAUGAAGAAAGUGAAAAUGAAAGUUAUUAUAAAGAGGAUUAGUCUGAAGAAGAAAUAGACUCUAAAGCUAAAAAAGAUAAAUUUGAAAAAUAAAAGCUUGAAUUCAAAUAAAAAAUGCUUUUAGGGAAGGCUUGA